AUGGUGCCCGCGCGCGUCCUCGCCUCGGGCGCGAGGACGGUCGCAUCGCCCGGUCGCACCGCCGUGAUCUCGCGCGCGGCAUCCGCGAGCGACGAGGCGGACGGCGACGCCGACGAGGACGACACCAGCAAGCUCAUCGUCGCGUGCGCCAUCGGCCUCGCCACCGGGCUCGGCGUCGCGCUGUUCAACGUCGCCGAGCACGCCACGCACGACCUCGUGUUCGUCGCCACCAACCUCGAUCCGUCGAGGUUCCAGCUGGAGGGCGAGCGACAGGCGGGGCCCGCGGCGGACACCCUCUUCCAGGCCUUCGCCGCCGUCGCCGCGCCAACCGCCGCGGGGUUCCUCGUCACCGGCAUGAGAUUCGCGUGCGGAGGAUUCGAGGGCGAGGAGGUGCCCCGGGCGCCCCGAUGGCGAGGACUCCGAUCGGAUCGAGCGAGAGAAGACGAUGAGGAUGAGGAUGAGGCGGACGAGGAUGACGCGUCAACAGACGCCGAGGGUGCGGACGAUGACGCGUCGGAUGCCGAGGGUGCCCCCAUCGACGGAUGGGCUCGGCGCGCGGCCAAGCCCGUGCUCAAGGCGGCCGCAGCCGUCGUCACCCUCGGCUCGGGCGCGUCCCUGGGACCCGAGGGGCCGUCCGUCGAGAUCGGCGCGUCCGUCGCCGGGGGCGUGAGCGAGCUCGCGAACGUGACGUCGAGCGCGAAGACGGCGCAGAGGCUCGGUCUGAUCGCCGCCGGGUCCGCCGCGGGCAUCAGCGCGGGUUUCGGCGCGCCGAUCGCCGGCUUGUUCUUCGCCUUUGAGAGCAUCCUGCAACCGGCGGCGUCGCGCGGGUCGCUUCCCACGAGGGGCGGCGGCGGCAGCACCGGGUUCGGCCCGCUGACCACCGAGUCCGUCAUCCUCGCGUCGGUGCUCGCGGCGGUGGUGUCCAACCAGAUCCUCGGAGACACCCCUGCGUUUGUCGUCCCCGCGUUUGAUAUUCGAGCCGCGGCGGAGCUUCCGCUGUACCUGCCCCUGGGGUUCCUGUGCGGAGCCACCGCGGUGGCGUUCAGGGCGUCGAGCAGCGCGCUGGGCAACGCGUUCAACGCGCUCGAGCGGGGGGAUGGGGGGGCGGGCGGGUCCCGGUGGGGCGGGGUCCCGCGCGAGUGGCACGCGCCCCUCGGCGGCUUCGUCUUCGGCCUCGUCGCGUUGUACUUUCCGGAGGUUACCUACCAGGGGUUCGACAACGUCAACUCCAUCUUAAACGCCGAGGGGAGCGCGUUUCGGCUGCCGUACCCCCCCGAUUUGCUGCUGGAGCUGGUGCUGGUGAAGAUCGCGUCCACGGCGCUGUGCAGGCAGAGCGGUUUGGUUGGCGGCGUGUACGCGCCGAGUCUGUUUAUGGGCGCCGCGCUGGGGUCCGCGUACGGCGCCGCGCUGGUACCUUUAGCGCUCGCGGGUGUGCCCGUGGCGGCGCCUCAGGCGUACGCCUUGGUGGGAAUGGCGGGUGUACUGGCAGGAAUAUGCAGGGUUCCGCUGACGGCGAUCCUCCUGCUCUUCGAGCUCACGCACGAUUACCGCAUCAUCGUGCCGCUGAUGGGCACCGUGGGCGUCAGCUCGCUCGUGGCGUCGGCGGCGGAGAGAAAGAUGAGCAUGUGGUCCGCGUCCGCCGCGGCGGGAACGAAGAGCGCGCUGGACUCCCUGAACCGCUCCUUCGACGAGGACGAGCUCGACAGGGUGAGCAGAGAGGCGGCGCUCGAGAGAGCCGCGGCGGAGGAGGAGGAGGACGACGUCGAGUGCGCCGAGGAGGACGAGGACAUCGGCCUCUGCGAGAUACGAAACCCGGACGAAACCCGCGAAGGUGACGCCCUGGACGCCGCCGACGAGGAGGCGCUCCGCUCCCUGCGCGUCGCCGACGUCCUGAGGCGCGACGUCCCGAGGGUCAGCGCGCUGGCGUCGGCGGCUGACGCGGCGACGGAAGCCCGGGAUUCCGCGAUGAACGCUCGCGACCGGUCCAACGGCUCCGUGUCGUGCUGCGCCGUCGUGGUUGACCCGGCGAGCGGAACCUUCGUGGGUAUCGCCACCGCGGCGUCGCUCCGGGGCGCGCUGGACGUCAUGCGCAGGAGGGCGGCCGCCAAGCGAGGAGCGGACGGGCGAGCCAAGGACGAUUCGGGUGGUUUGGGCCCCGUGGUCGCGGCGGAUGCGUGUGACUUUUCCGUCCCCGCGGUGGCGAGCGGUUCGAGUUUGUGGGAGGCUCGGCGGGCGAUGAGGGAGAGCGGCGCGAGCGUCUGCGUCGUGGUGGCCGCCGCGGGGAGCAACGCGAGGGGCGUGAGCGUCUCGCAGAGCGACGGGGACGGCUUCGCGGUGGGAGUGAGGGCGCUCGGGGUGGUGGAGGCAAGCGCGGUGGAGCUGGAGCGGGAGAGCGCCAGGUUGAGAAAAUCGCUCAAGCUCCUCAGGCGAACGCAGGAGACGACGGCGGCGGCGGAGGGCGAGGACGAGGACGAGAAGGCGGGCGAUGGGGAUUCCGACGCGGGGGAGGAGGCGAGGGAGUCGAGGGCGCGGAACAAGGGCGCGGUGCGGUAG